CAGGCGCGCUCCUUCUUCGGUGGUUUGCAAGCUGGCCGGGCGUUCAGUCGGUCAGACGGCGGCCUCGGAAUCAUGACGCGGUUUCUUCUCCUCUUGCUGCUGAAUUGGGAGGCCGGCCUCUCCUCUUCCUCCUGCCCUCUCGAGAGCUUCCAGUGCCAAGGGGGAGGCCAGGUGCCGUGGUGCCUAGGCUACGAGAGGCAGCCCAGCUGCCAAGAUGACACAAACGGGUGCCAGCAGCCGGGAAGCAUCUGCAGGAAUCACACCUGUCGGUGCGGUAACAGCAGUGGGCCCUGCCUGCCAUUUGAACGGUUUUGCGACCAGCACCAGGAUUGUCCAGAUGGUUCAGACGAGGCCAAGUCCCUUUGUGCGUCCCCGGUGGGCCUGCCCGAGGAGGAGGACGACGACUGCGAGAGCAACGAGUUCCGAUGCCACCCGGGGGCCGAGUGCUUCCCCCUGUCCUUCAAGUGCGACGGCCACCCGGACUGUGAAGACGGAGCCGACGAAGAGAGCUGCGGCACGGAUUGGCCAGAGACUCCAAGGACCCCACAAAUAACUCCCGAAGGCAGCCCUGCUCCCCCAGAAACUCCGGCAUUGGACCUCUUGACCAUCCUGGCCAUUGUCGCACUCCUGGUCACCGUUGUGGCCGCAGCAGGGAUCACCCUGUGGCUCUCCAGAAGGGGCAAGGGGCUCCUUGCCCAGUUGCCCCACAAAGCAGCUUUCAAGCAGCUCAUCCUAGCCGAGCACCUUUGAGAUCGGCCGGCCAGCCAGGAAGUUGCUCCUUGCUCCAUCCCCGGCCCUCCCAGGAACGAAAUCCUUGGGCCUGAAAGGCUGGCGGCCCGGCUGGGACUCCUUGCAGGAGCCGAGACACAGAAGCCACACGGCCUGCAGGCCGUCGACGGAAUCCACCUCCUAUGGGGGCAAAUUAAAAUGGACUGAAUCCUUCAAAUGCCUCUGGGUGUCUCUCGCGGCCUGCUUGGGCCUGUCCUUCCGCAGCAGCUCCA